GACAGAGAGAGGGAGAGAGUUGGAUAGCGAGAUAGAGAUCGAGAGAAAGGGGAGAGAGUUGGAUAGCGAGAUAGAGAGACGGAUCAGAGAGAGGUGGAGACAGAGCGAGAGUAAGAGAGUUUUCUUCAAACAACAGUGAUGGAAACGUUGUUGUAUCUCACCCUGCUAAUCUCAGGGUUCUACACACUUUCCUCAUGUCUUCAUCAGUAUCACCUCAUUACCAUCAAUAUGAUCUGGACUGAUGCCCAGAGUUACUGCAGAGCACAUUACACUGAUCUGGCCACAGUAGAUGACAUGGAGGACCAGAACAGGCUGAUUACCAGUGUCAGUAGUUAUAAUUCCUGGUUAUGGAUCGGACUGAAGAAGGGAGACUCCAUGAAGUGGCACUGGUCUCUGGCAGACAGACGUUUCUACAGAGAGGGGGAGACUGAGUUCAGAAACUGGGACACAGGGACACCCCAAAAUGGUAACUGUGCUUUAAUGAGUACAUCUGGGCUGUGGAACAACGGCUCCUGUGAUGACCAGCAUCACUUCAUCUGUUAUGAUGGAAAACAAGACACCGACCUAACAUAUGUCUUAAUUCAGGAGAACAGGACCUGGAUAGGUGCUCAGAGUUACUGCAGACAGUAUCACACAGACCUGGUCAGUGUGAGGAACCAGACUGAGAACACAGAGAUAGAGAAGAAGAUAUCACUGAGGGGACUUCCUGUGUGGAUCGGUCUGUUUCUAGACUCCUGGAGAUGGUCAGACCAGAGUGACUCCUCAUUCAGAAACUGGCAGCCAGGAUGGUCUUUAACAGAUCAGAGAUACAACUGCACUCUGGUGUCUUCUGAUCCUUCUUCUGAUUAUUAUUCUAAAUGGAUAAAUGUGCCCUGUGACAACAACUAUCCUUUCAUCUGCUAUGUUCCAGCUGUGGAGACCCCUGAGAAACCUCAACUGAAGAGACAUGUGGUGAGAAUGAAGAUGACCCCCAAGGAUCAACAUCUGAACCUCAGUGAUCCUGCUGUUCAGGACUCCAUCUUACAACAGAUAAGGAACAAGCUGAAGGAGCAGGGGUUACCUGCAGACACCAAAGUGACAUGGAAAAAGCAGCCUGAUGGGAAGGUCUUCCACAAGGAGGAAGAGGGGUCUCCCAAGAAAGAAGAGGAGGAGAAGAAGAUGAAGAGGAUGAUGACAAAGAGAGAAUUCCUGGUCAUGGAUCGGACUGAAGGAGGGAGACUCCAUGGAGUGGAACUGGUCUCUGGCAGACAGACGUUUCUACAGAGAGGGGAGACUGAGUUCAGAAACUGGGACACUGGGACACUCCAAAAUGGCAACUGUGUUUUUAUGAGUACAGCUGGUCUGUGGAACAACGCCUCCUGUGAUGACCAGCAUCACUUCAUCUGUUAUGAUGGAAAACAAGACACCAACAUAACAUACGUCUUAAUUCAGGAGAACAGGUCCUGGAUAGAUGCUCAGAGUUACUGCAGACAGUAUCACACAGACCUGGUCAGUGUGAGGAACCAGACUGAGAACACAGAGGUAGAGAAGAAGAUAUCACUGAGGGGACUUCCUGUGUGGAUCGGUCUGUUUCAAGACUCCUGGAGAUGGUCAGACCAGAGUGACUCCUCAUUCAGAAACUGGCAGCCAGGACUGUCUUUAACAGAUCAGAGAUACACCUGCACUCUGGUGUCUUCUCAUCCUUAUUAUUAUUCUAAAUGGAUAAAUAAUCGCUGUUACUCCAACUAUCCUUUCAUCUGCUAUGGUCCAGCUGUGGAGACCCCUGAGAAACCUCAACUGAAGAGACAUGUGGUGAGAAUGAAGAUGACCCCAAAGGAUCAACAUCUGAACCUCGGUGAUCCUGCUGUUCAGGACUCCAUCUUACAAGAGAUAAGGAACAAGCUGAAGGAGCAGGGGUUACCUGCAGACACCAAAGUGACAUGGAAAAAGCAGCCUGAUGGGAAGGUCUUCCACAAGGAGGAAGAGGGGUCUCCCAAGAAAGAAGAGGAGGAGAAGAAGAUGAAGAGGAUGAUGACAAAGAGAGAACUCUAAUUAUGUUAUAUGUUCUCCUAACUUUUCUCUUUUUUAAAUUUAGAUUAAUUGUCUGUACUGGGAUGUAUUUUCUGAUCCUAUUUAAAUGUGUUUUAUUAAGUAAAUUGUUUAAGUAUAAACAUCAAUAGUGUUUUAUCAUGAGAUGUUUUUCUUGAUAAUUUUCUUGACUUGGUUGUUUUAUUACAGGGUUUGCUCUCAAGACAGACAUUUCACACAUCAUGUCUGUAAAUGAGUUAUUUGUAGUUAUGUUGAUAUUCAGGGCUGUGAAAGUGUAUUUGCCUACUUUCUAAUUUUCUCAACUUUUACAGAUUUAAGAUGAAGAAUGUUAUCAGAUCUUCAAAGAAAACAGAAUAUUAGAUAAAGGGAACCUGAGUGAACAAGUAACACAACAAUUACAUACUUAUUUAUAAUUUGUAAGUCGCUCUGGAUAAGAGCGUCUGCUAAAUGACUUAAAUGUAAAUGUAAAUGUAUUUCAUUUAUUUCAUAACUAAGUUAUGUAACAUCCAAUGUUCAUGUGUUAAAAAGUAAACUCAGGGACAUUUGUGGGUUUUCAAUCAUGAACUGCUCAUUUCAAGUCCUGCCACAACAUCUCAGUUGGGAUCAUGAGGUCUGGACAUUGACGAGGUCAUUCCAAAACUACAAAUGUGUUGCUUUUAAACAUUUUCAUGUUGACUUUAUUGUGUGUUUUGGAUCAUUGUCUUGCUGAUACUUGAUACUGAGCAGAUCUCAUGGUUCCUUCUACUAACGUUUUGGACUAUAUGGGUCGCAGUAUGUUUGUUGAAAACCAAACACUGCAUUCCUCAGUAAAACACUUCAUGUCAAUCGUCAAGCAUGGUGGUGGUAGUGUGAUGGUUUUGGGAUACUUUGCUGAGUUACAGCAGUUCUGUGUGGAAGAGUGGGCCAAAAUGCCUCUACAGCAAUGUGAGAGACUGAUCAACAACUACAGGAAGUGUUUGGUUGUAGUCAUUAGAGCUAAAGGUGGAACAACCAGUUAUUGAGUAUAAAGGAACAAUUACUUUUUCACACAGGGGAAUUGGGUGUUGCAUAACUUUGUUAAUUAAAUAGACAAAAUAAGUAUAAAUAUGGUUUGUUAUUUUGCAAACUCAGGUUCCCUUUAUCUAAUUUUAGGUUUUGGUUGAAGAUCUAAUAACAUUCAGCAGAACAUUUUUGCAAAAAUAGAGAAUAUCAGAAAGGGGACAAAUACUUUUUCACAGCACUGUGAGUAUCAAUGUGUUUUUCUAAUUGGAAUGUAACUUUCUUUAAUUGAAAUGUAUUUAGACCACAGUUUACAUCCUGCAUAGCCAAUGUAGUCUCAGCAUGUUUUUAUUGGUUAAUGAAGAUGUCUUUUCUGAUGAUCAUGUAAAUACCUGUUGCAGAUUGACAGUAUCGGUCUAGAGGUGUGAUUCUUCAUGUUUCAACCUAAUAUUAUUUUAAUGUUUAUUUGACAUAUUUGACCUUGAUGAUAAAGACAUCUAGACAUAAUGUUUAAUCAACUCCUCUCUUCAGGACUCUGAUACACUGGUACCAGUUAGAACCAUGUCCUGCUGACCAGAGCUUUAGUUAAAAUCAAAUCAAAUCAAAUUUUAUUUGUCACAUACACAUGGUUAGCAGAUGUU